CGUCAAAACAUUUCACUAUAAUUCUGUUUCCAAAUUUUUAUGAAUUUAUUAAAUAAUUUCCUUAUUUAUGUGUGUAUAUUAAAAUAUGUAAAAUAAUUAUAAUAUGUUGAGUGAAUAGAUAUUAAUAUUUAUUUAUAGUGCAAUAGGUUAAAUAAAAGUCUGAAAACUAUGGCGAAUCAUUACGAAGUGCCCAAUUGGGCCGGAAAGCCGCCAACAGGGCUCCACCUGGACGUCUUGAAAGAGGAGACUCUCAUACAAAAAUUAAUGUUGGACCAAAAAAAAUGUUACUUAUUCGGAAGAAAUAGUCAAUUAAACGAUUUCUGCAUAGACCAUGCAUCGUGCUCCAGAGUCCAUGCCGCUUUUGUUUACCACAAACAUUUAAACAGGCCAUUUUUGGUCGAUUUAGGAAGCACUCAUGGGACUUUUAUUGGUUCGAUGCGGUUAGAAGCACAUAAGCCCACACAGUUGCCUAUUGAUUCCACGUUCCAUUUUGGAGCCUCUACUAGAUAUUAUGUUUUAAGAGAAAGACCUGUUGGUGGUUCUAGGACAAUUAUGGAAGAAAUUCCAAAUAGUAGUGAUGGACAAGGUGCCCUUUUAGGAUUACCGGAAACACAGACAGAAUUAGAUAAUUUAACAGAAUUCAACACAGCCCACAAUAGGAGAAUAUCCAUGUUGGGCAUUUCCACAGAAGAUGGAAACGAAAUAAGGCCCGGUGUACAGGCCAAUCGCAAAAGAAAACGUAGAGCUGUCCAUUUCAACGAAGACAACGACAUAAUAAAUCCUGAAGACGUCGACCCAUCGGUUGGUAGAUUCAGAAAUUUAAUCCAAACAACUGUUAUACCGAGUGCAAGCAAAAAGGCCAGGAACCAACUCAUAGGGAUUCAACACACGUCCUCCUCUCAACAUGCUUCACAACUACACGACCUCCAAAAGCAUCUGCACCCUUCGGCAAUAAUGCCACAUUUGUACCAGGAUUUACCACCAGAAUUGAACACUGGUGUUAGUAAUGCUAACAGUGGUCAAAAUGCUGCUGCAGUGCAGAAUUUCCCUACGACUUCUGCAGCAAUGAAUAAACUUGGCAUGAUGUUGCCUAAUCCUGCACCAGAUGUCGAACCGAAUAUGGAACCCAUGGAGAUCUGCACUAAACACCCAGGUAUGGGUGCCGGUCUAGUUGGUUCCACCAGUCUAGGUAACCAAAUGUUAGGAGAGUUGGUGUCUUCAGUAGAAGGCGGUGAUACGUUGGAACCAAAGAAAAAGAAAUAUGCAAAGGAAGCCUGGCCAGGCAGAAAACCAUUGCUAACGAGCAGUAUCUGAUCAAGAUUACUCAAUAUUUUUCGCUUAUUUAAAUAUACUUAUAUU